AUGGGGGGGGCGGGGCGGGCCCGGCCCCCAAAUCCCCGGGCGGGGCGGGUGGGGGCGGGGGGCGCCGUGCGGGGGGCGGUCUCGGCGGCGCGGGGCCCGGGGGAUGGCCUCGCCCCGCGCCCGGCGACCCCCGCCGCUUUCGGGGGGCCGGUGCGGGCGCGGAAGCCGGGAGGUGUCCGCACAAAAGGCCGAGAGAAACUCCCCGUCGCCUCCCCUCCCUCCUGCCUUCCCCGCCCCCUCCCCUCCUCAUUCAAACCUCGGCUCGCUCGUGUGGUGUCAGUUCAGUCCCGGCCGCCGCCGAGCGAGGAAAUGGCCGAGGAGCCGGAGCCGCAGGUUUUGGAAAUCCCUUGUCUCCAGGUUGCUGGGAUUGACUUCUUGCUCAAUUGAAUCACUCACUCAGUGGAGACAAAGAGAAUUAAUGCUUUGUGCUGACUCAUAUUUGAAUCAAAGCAUUGGGGAGUCUGUCUGCCUUGUUUGUGGAAAGAACCAGUGAGAGGCUCUGUCACCGAGCUUCCUAAGACUUCUGAAGAUAAGAAGCUACAGGAAUAUAUACUUUCUUUUGAACUUUUAUAACAAAUAUUUGUUCUAGUUUUAAGUCCCAGGGCUGCUGGGGGUGUGAGUGACAAGUCUUACAAGUGGCCUUAUUCCAAUUCCAGAAAUUCCUCCACCGGAUUCUUAUUUUAUAUACAAUCCUAAAGUGCCAGGAAACAUGCCCACUCAAUCCCUGUUAGUGUAUAUGGAUGGACCAGAAGUUAUUGGCA